GCCAGUUCGAGAAGCUUUGGCUCGUUGUGAUACAGUGUGAAAAGGAUAUUUUCGGCCUUACCCCAAGAUUGGAGAGGCACACGUGUGCCAGGUGCUAAAUUAGUGAUCGAUUCGGUGGAACCAGGUGGAGCGGCGUCACCAUGCGAGCUAUUAUGUUGCUGUCUUGUCUGGCCCUGGUCGUCUGUGUCCAGUCAGCGGUGACAGGACCGGAAGCUCGUUCGAGUGUGGACUCCAAGGAUCAGCAGCUGGCUACCGCGAGCGUGGGAAUCCUUGACUCCGUGCUUCGCGGAAAGAGUCGCCAGUCGCGCUGCGUGAGAUGCUACGAGGACCGGGAUCGUGAUCGGUACUAUAGCGGAUACGCCAGUCGAACGGGCGACGAUAUGCGCGGCAGCAGCACCUGGUAUUACUCCGGUUAUGACGACCGUAGCACCAGCAGGGACCGAGACUACGACCGAUACUACGAUCGCUCUCGAUAUUACGACGAUCGCUAUAGUCCCAGGACCUACGACCGGUACGAGGGGCGCGGCUACGAUGAUUACAGGAGGGGAUCUGGGUAUGGAGGUUCCUACGACCGCGAACGUGGCUAUGGAUACGACAAUCGGGAUCGCUACUACGGGGGUGGUGAUCGAUAUAGCGAGGGGUCCUCCAGAGACCGCUACUACGAUCGCUCAAGGUCCGGCGGAUAUGAUCGAUACGAUCCGUACGAUCGCUACUACUCCAGGUAUGAUUUUCGCAACUAUCGGCCUUGGGAUGAGACCUACAGAGGCCAAUCCGGAUUCGAUAACUCUGGACGCGGCUAUUACUUCGCCACCGACGAGGACGAGAGUGACAGGAAUCGAGGGUACGGAUAUUCCUAUUCCCGACCCUCCUCCUCCUCGAUGAGCUCACCCUGCGGCCGCAUCUCCGGAAAUUGUCCUUAUGCCGGUGGCUCCAAGGUCACCUCCCCGGCCAUUGGCAGUGACAGUUCCCGAGUGGGCGGCCACACCAAUGUCCUUGGUUCGGAGGGAGGGGGUCCCGGCAGUUGGACAUAUCUGGGGGACCAGGAUAAGGUCGGGGGCAGCAGCGGCAGCAGUAGCGCAUCGGGCGGCAGCAGCAGCAGUAGCAGCAACAGCGGCUCAAGCGGCAGCGGCGGCAGUCGGGAGCGGGAACGGGAACGGGACAGGGAGCGGGAUGCACAGAGCUCUUCCUAUGGUGGCCGACCACGUCCUCUAGGCGUUAGCUAUCUGCUCGAACGGGACGCGGAAACUCCAUCGGACGGCCCAGGAAACACGGCGAAUGCCGCCGGAAAUGGUGGAAGUAAUGGUGGUGGUGCUGGUGGUCAGAGCAUGCCCGUCCCAGCAGCCCAGACAGCCGCCGAGGGAAGUUCCGGCACAGCUGAUCAGUAACUAGACAAGGACCCCGGACGACAUCCCAAUCCAGGAACGGUUCCAGUGCAGCGGCUGGGAGCGAUGUCCGCCCGGUGGGCGUGGCAGGGCUUAGUGUAACCUACUGUCCGUAUUUAUGUGUAAUUCGUAAGAUAAGUCUCCAAAGAAACUAUUUAUGUGUGGCACAGCUUUGCUCAAAUAAACCAUUUUCAACGAUCCUCAA